UACAGAGUGUGCUAGUAGAUGGAGCAGACACAUUGGGCCUGAACUUGGAAUGGGUUUUGUCCAAUCUGCUGAACAACCAUAUUGCAUUGAAGAAAGUCCAAUAAGAGAUUGACGCCAUAAUCGGGGGCAGUGAAAGAUGGUUACAGGAUUCUGACAUUGAACAAAUGGUGUACCUCCAAGCAGCAGUCAAAGAAUCCAUGCGGCUAUACCCAACCGCACCUCUUCUUUCCCCUCACAAAGCCAUCGAAGAUUGCACCAUCGGUGGGUAUACUGUCACUAAGGGUACCGUCGUGUACCCCAACGUGUGGAAGAUACAACGGGAUCCGCGAGUGUGGUCGGAGCCGGAGAAGUUCUCGCCGGAGAGAUUCCUGGGACAAGUUGAAAGAGAGGCUGAUCCGGGCAAGUAUUUUGGGUUCAUUCCUUUUGGGUUCGGGAGACGAUCCUGUCCCGGAAAUUAUUAUGCUUUGAAAGUGACGCACCUCACCAUUGCCCGUCUGAUCCAGGGGUUUACCGUCACAACUCCGGGGAAUAUGCCGGUGGACAUGUUGGAAGGGAUAUCCAUCACUCUUACUAGAGCAAAUCCACUCAAAGUGUUUAUUGCUCCCCGACUACCAUCUUCCUUUUAUGAAUAAUCACUAUAAUUA